AUUUUUUUUUGUGAAGGGUGAAAGUUUUGCCGACGGUUCCAUAAGACGGGGAAACCUUAAAAAAAUAGAAGCAACUGGUGAUUUACGCACGUGCUUAAAUUACUCUUGGAAAAAAAGGCAAUGAAUUCAAACAUGAAAGAAAGGAUGAAAAUCAAUUGAAAUGUUGCGUAUCUGAUGUAAAUUUAAGUGGGAUUUAAGAUGAAUCGUGAUAAUGAGGAACAAAAAGCAGUUUCCCAAACUCUCUGUGGCGCAUUGCAGAAAGAAGCUAAUUGCAAAUGUUUGGUACUUUCUGUACUCAUUUAUGGAUGCCUUGCUGCCGUUACAUGGUGUCGUUGCGCUAAUGUUACUAAGGUCGUCAUCAAUUUUAUGAAAAUACCCAUUCGAAGCACAAAAAAUGUUUCGCCCUGUGACGAUGGUUACAUAUACAUACCUGUUGCAUUUAUGGGAAUGUUAUAUCUUGUUUAUUUGGUGGAAUGUUAUCAUUCUCCAAUCAGAAUUGACCUUCUACAUGCGGAGGGCCAAAGCAGUGUUCUUGCCAAGUUGACCCAACUGAAAAUUGCUCAGCCAACAAUUUGGUGGAAGGCCAUUUCCUAUCAUUAUGUGCGUAGAAAGAGACAAAUCACUCGUUACAGAAAUGGUGAUAAUUAUACAACAACUCAGGUUUAUUACGAGAGAGUGAAUACACAUGCUGCAACAUCUUUUUAUUUUUACGAUUAUUGUGGAGUCAAAGACAUCAGUAAAGAGUUAAUUCUCGAUCCAAAAGUACCAAUUACAAAAAUCACUCUAACGAAAGGAUUCGCAUUUUCCAACGUGAGAUCGGCCACCGAAUUCGAAGAAGCGAGAUCACGUUUUUUUGCAGAACAAGAAUUUAGAGACGAUUACAUGGAAAUGAGAGAGAGUCUCGACUUGGGGUACAAUUUCAAUCCUAUUACUUUGGUAGCGGUCCUUGGUAAUCCCUGGUUCACCAAUUCCUAUGUAUAUUGGUGUCUGAGUGCUCUUUUACUGAGCUGGCCACUUAGGAUCAUCAUUGAAUAUAAAACUCAAUAUGCAGAUUAUCAGAUAACAAAACUUUUUGGUGUAAAUUACGACACACCAAUGACAUCACAAAUACAUGCGUCUUCCAGUCAAAUAAGUGCUCCAGGAUCAUAUAUGUUAGCACCGAGUUAUAGCGAAGCACUUUUAAUGGAACCUGUAAUAUCAAGAACGGAAGAAACAUCAGAAAGAGAAAAUCUCAUAGAGGCAUUUGAAUCGGAUAUGGUACCAAGUUAUUCCGAGGCACUUCUUUACGAACGAGCACAACAGAAUUCUUUGCAAACUGAUAUCAAUAUCCAAUAUCAUCAGAUUCAAUCCUCAGAACCUUGUGAGUGUCCAUGUCACAUUGGAGAAUUAGAAAGACCCAAUGAAUUAGAUCCAGAAGCUUCCACUUCCAAAAUGGAAAAUAAUAAUAAUAAUCCUCGAGAUGAAAGAAUACAAAUAGAAAAUACAAUUCAAACAAGAUCGGAAACUAUUAAUUUUAGAGAAUCUGAAACAUCAACAGCAAUAUAUCAAACAAGAAAUCGACUAAGUGAUUGUAAUUAUACUACACAAUUGAAAAUUUGUAGUGACUGUCUAAGAAGUUCAGCGAGUGAUCCCAAUAGAUUGAAUCGUGAUUUAAGUGAAAUUGGAUGUAGUCGAUUUUUAUCUCAAUUGAGGCGGACAAAUUCUCGAGAGAGUUCCUUAGAAUUAUUAAACGCAGCAGCAGCAUGUGCAAAUACAACGAGAAAUUUCAACAGAGAUAUUUCAGAACCAGAUCUACGAAAAAAUUCAGAAUUAGUUGAUCCCACAUUGAAAUUCCUCUUGGCAAAUGGUCGAAGUUUAGAGAAUAUUUUAGAAAAUGAAGAAUCCGAUGUAUUGAAAAAGAGAGCAAUGUCUGAGCGAGCUGAAGCAUUGAUUUUAGAAGAUCAAAUUGAUUCAAUUUCCACUGUAACGCAUGAGGAAAUGAUUUCAAGAGGUGCAAUACCAAAAAAAUUGUCUAACAAAAGUAGAGUUACUGUAAAUCCUAUUUCGGAAGUAGUUAAAAGAAUCCCCACGUCGAAGACUUAUUUUUGUCUUAAGUCAAUUCUGAAAAAUAAACAGAGACGAUAUACAAUGGUGACUCCUGAAGAAUUUCAAGCACUUGAUCCAGAUAAAUCUAGCGGUGAAAUAGAAUUUUGUAGAAAUAGAGAAACUAUUCUUCAUCUAACCGAUGUUUCGGCUCAAUGUCGAUGUAGCAACUGUGAUAAUGAUAAUGUUAAUGGCGUCAAUAGAGAAUCUGACGAUUUUUCCCGAGAGAACUGUAGUUUGAAAUCGGAGAAUUCUAGGACGCUGAUAUUUGCAAAUCCAAUUCAGAAGAUUUGUCCAUCGGAUCCAUUUCAAGGGAAAAAUGUCGUUCAAAGUGAUAACACGGCAAAUAAUGAAGAUUUUUCAAACUUACCCGUCUUAUCAAGGUUCAGGAGAUCAUUGACUGAGAGAGAAGUUUCUGCUUCAAGUAGCCGAAGUCAAUGGACGCAGCAUCGAACCAUAAGUACAGGACCUGAUGAAAUUUUUUCUGAAAGACACGAUCCUGCCAUUUCCCUUCCAUCGUACGACGGUAUGACGAUACCUCCCGAUUCUAGAAUAAAUUUGCCGAACAACGAUAUUCUUUCAAUAAAUAAUUGUCCGUCAUUGUCACAAGAGGACCAAGCAAGUCAAAAUCAAUUUGGGUCUGAUGACCAAUCGAGUUCACAAUUCAACAUAGAAAGGCCCAGAUUGACUCGAUCAUUAACUGAAAGGAGAGUCAAAUCAGACCAAAGAAAACGCGAUCCAAUUCUACGUAAUAGCUUCACAGACAGAAUAGAUUAUUCAUUUAAAGGAAGCGAUGGCAAACGCACGAAUCUCAAUAUGGAGACUUCCUUGUAAAUUAUAUGGGAUUAGAGCUCAUAUGCACUGUAAAAAAUUUCAGUAUAUAAUUACAUGAUGCAAGUAAUUUUACACAAAAUUGAAAUGUAGUAAAUUUACUACGUCUGGACAAUAGGACGAGACGCCUACUUUUUCCUCAAUUUUUAAAUAACCGAAUUUUUAAUUAACAUAAUUUAAAAUUACAAAAGUGUUAAUAAACCGAAUUUAAAUAUUUCAGAAUUUUUAAAAAACCGAAUUUUUAUAGUUCCAAAUUUUCAGUUUACACAAUAAAAAAAUAAUCGAAAUACCAUUGGUUAUAAUUUUUAUGUUCUCGAAUAUUAAAAUUACAGAAAAUGAAAAGAGCAGAAGUUUCACUUGACAGACUUUCUGUUCAACCUAAUUGCGAUCGGACAAAAUUUUAAGAGAACAGAAAUAUCAGUUAACAUAAUUUCAAUUUUGCAGAAUUUUUAGUUAACAUAAUUUAAAAUAAACAGAAAUGUCAUUUGACAUAAUUUUUAUGUUCUCGAAUUUUAACUUUUCCGAAAAUAAAAAUAACAGAAAUUUAACUUGACAGACUUUCUAUUCAACCUAAUUGCGAUUGGACAGAAUUUUUAGAUAACGGAAAUAUCAGUUAACAUAAUUUCAAUUUUGCAGAAUUUUUAGUUUACAUAAUUAAAAAUAAACAUAAAUGUCAUUUGUCAUAAUUUUUAUGUUCUCGAAUCUCAAAUUAACCGAAAAUAAAAACAGCAGAACUUUCAUUUGAUAGAAUAAAUCCAUUGUUGAUGAUUGUUUAAACAAUGAAUACACAAUGGAUUUGGUAUGUCAAGUGAAACUUCUGCUGUUUUCAUUUUCGGUUAAUUUGAGAUUCGAGAACAUAAAAAUUAUGACAAAUGACAUUUAUGUUUAUUUUUAAUUAUGUAAACUAAAAAUUCUGCAAAAUUGAAAUUAUGUUAACUGAUAUUUCCGUUAUCUAAAAAUUCUGUCCAAUCGCAAUUAGGUUGAAUAGAAAGUCUGUCAAGUUAAAUUUCUGUUAUUUUUAUUUUCGGAAAAGUUAAAAUUCGAGAACAUAAAAAUUAUGUCAAAUGACAUUUCUGUUUAUUUUAAAUUAUGUUAACUAAAAAUUCUGCAAAAUUGAAAUUAUGUUAACUGAUAUUUCUGUUCUCUUAAAAUUUUGUCCGAUCGCAAUUAGGUUGAACAGAAAGUCUGUCAAGUGAAACUUCUGCUCUUUUCAUUUUCUGUAAUUUUAAUAUUCGAGAACAUAAAAAUUAUAACCAAUGGUAUUUCGAUUAUUUUUUUAUUGUGUAAACUGAAAAUUUGGAACUAUAAAAAUUCGGUUUUUUAAAAAUUCUGAAAUAUUUAAAUUCGGUUUAUUAACACUUUUGUAAUUUUAAAUUAUGUUAAUUAAAAAUUCGGUUAUUUAAAAAUUGAGGAAAAAGUAGGCGUCUCAAUAGGACUGUUUAGGCUAACGCAGAAUAGCUCCACGAUUAGGCCUAAGCAGAAUAAAAUCUCUAAUCGUAAAUCUUAAGCUUUUACAUGAGAGAGAAAAGGACAAAAGAUAUUUCUAUCCUUUUCUCUUUCAUGUAAAAGCUUAAGAUUUACUAUUAGAGAUUUCAUUCUGCAUUGGCCCAUAGGUUCAUGAGAUAGAGAAGAACACGAAUAUAUUUCUGUCAUGCUUUACCGUUCGCGAAGCUAUUCUGCUUAUAUAGGCCUUUAUGCUGAAUCUACAAUGGCUGCGCAAACGUUCACGUCGACUUUUGCGCAGCCAAUGUAGGUCCAUCAUCCAAACGGCUUGCUCAAUUAAGGCCUGAGCAGAAUAGAAACGUAACUGGAAUCGUAAUCACAAACGCAACCAGAAAAAUGAGUUAGAGAAAGAUAGACAUAUUGUUUGUCCUUCUUUAACUCAUUAUUCAGGUUGCGUUUGCGGUUACGAUUCAUGUUACGUUUAAAUUCUGUUCAGGCCUGUAGGUAGUUCAAGUUGGGUGGGGUCUAUUUAAUACAAUAUAAUUAGUAAAAAAAAAUAAAAUCGUUUUUUAUUAUUGUAUUAAAUAGGUCAUUAAAAAUAGAAACUAAAUUCCUAAUAUACUUAGGUUCCAAAAUUUCAUUUAAGCAAGAUAUUAAAAAAAUUCGACUUAAUCCCGUACAUUUAUAAUGUUUGUGCACCAGUUUACCCCCACCUUGACUCUUCCCCCCCAAACUUGAGCUACCUAAAGGAUGUUCUACAAUAAAUGCAAAAGGCCAGUGCAAGUCCAAAAAACCAUAAGUGCAAGAGAGAUAGCUAGACUAUAUAUCUCUUUUGCACUCAUGGUUUUCUUGGACUUGUCUUUUGCAUCUAUUGUAGAACCUCCUUAAUAAAGGCCUGAGCAGAAUAGAAACGUAAUCGGAAUCGUAAUCGCAACCGGAGAAUGAGUUAGAGAAAGAUAGACAUAUUUUUUGUCUUCUUCUAAUUCAUUCUUCUGGUCGCGAUUCUGGUUACGUUUCUAUCGUUUCUAUUUUGUAACUUGUUUUUUUUUCUUUACUUAUAGAUUAUGUAUGUUGCCCAUUAUGUUUUUUCUUUUUAAAAAAUAUAGAGAUUAAAAUUAUGGAAAAUUUAUUCCAUGGAAGGUAGAAAUAAUUAUUUCUAUCAAAUUUUCCAUAAUUUUAAUCUCUAUUUUUUUAAAAUGAAGAAACAUAAUGAGCAAUAUAACCUAAAUAAAGUUACAAGUAGUAUAUUUAUAAGUUUUGCACGGCAGCAGGUGACCACAAUUUUCAGCGUUGGACGUUGUAAAAUUACACAGAAAUUUUUUACAGUGUAUAAAUAUAUAAUAUUGUGAUUUAGAGCCCAAUUGACGAAUUUCAUUAACGGAAAACAUUACGGAAAUUCUCCUUAUUCUCUAUUACUAUACCUAAUAAAAUAUAAAUAAUAAUUGUAGAUGAAUCAAAAUGAAAAAUCAAAAUUUUCUGAAAGAACAAAAUAAAAAUUAUUCAAAGUGUUAGCCAUAUAUAUUUUUCGAUGAAUUAAAAUUGAAGAAUAAUUUUUCAAGCACUUUAAGAGAAACUAGAAAAAUGCAAUUAAAUGUCAAAUUAGAUAGAAGCAAAAAAAAAAUGUCAAUAUAUAAUAUUAUUGUUUUCGUAAUGUUUCUCCACUUGAAAACCUUUUCUACCGGAGUGUUCAUCGCGUGUAACUUCUCUCAAUGUCGGAGUAAUUAUUAUUAUAUAAUAAAAAAAAAUAUUUCUACCUAAGUCCUUCGUAUUAAAAAAGUAAAAAAAGCAAAAAAAAAAAAAAAUAGGUGUCUGAUAAAAAAUUGAUUGAUAGAUGACAUGAAUGUUUUGAUUAAAUUCGGCUUUCCGUACCUGCUAUAGUAAUUAAACAACUAUCGAUGUGAAAGCUAAAAACUAAUUAGUGAAAAUUAUAUUUAAAAAAUUGAAAUUUAACAUUGAAGAAAAAAUAUUCUUCGUUUAAGGAGAGGGUUUGUCUUCUAAAAUUGACUACAAUUUUAUACUUAAAACGAAAGUAUUAGUCUUCGAUUGAGAUUAUUUUCCUCUCAUUUUAAGAAGAAUGAUAACCGUAACAUAACCUCAAACUAAAAAAUGGUUUUUAACGCAAACAAAAAUAUUAGAAAAAUUAAUUUCAAUCAAUUUUGGAAGAUCCAAUUAUAUACAUACAUAUUUUAGAAAAAAUAUUUUUUUAAAAAAUUAUUUAAUAAAAACAAACAUUAAUGUGUAUUUUUUCUUUUCCUAUUAGACAAUAUUGCUCAAAAAAUUAUAAAAUCUAAUUUGAUUUAUUUGGCCUCAAAUUUUAUAUAUAAUAACCAAUGGUUUUCUUUAUUUUGAAAUUUUUUAGAAACUUCUAUUUUUUAUGAAAUUUUAUAUCGUAAUCUAGAGAAAAUGUAUAAAAAUGAGAAGAAUUCUCUCAAACGAAGAAUAUUUUUUUUUACAGUAAAAAUGUGAAGUUGUUUGUAUAUCAGUACAAACGCAUCAGUAAAAUCGAUUCUGAAGUAUAUGAAACAAUUUUUUUAAAAUUGGUCUUUCGCACAGAUUGACGUUAAAUAUUGAAAUUUACGAUAGAAAAGUAAUUUAUAAUAGACACACAUUACUUCCAAAACUAGAGUUGCUAGAAACUGAUUUUUUUAAAUAUCAUUUUCAUAUUCUUUAAUUAUUUAUUAAUUUAAUUAGAUUACAUUUGUCAAGUGUUAAUUACUGCAAUUUCAAUUGGAACGUUAGAAAAUAAUUUCUAAUUUUAAUAAACAACUCUAUUUUUGUAGAAAUAAAAUAAUGCGGACAAUCAUUUAAAGCGGGGGCAACUAUUUUCGAAAAUGGACAAGAUUAAUUAUUAUAAAAGCUUUUAGCUUGAAAAUAUUUACAUACUAAUAUAAUUAAAGUUAAUUAAAAAUAAAUUAAAACUUAUUUUACAUAGUUUAAAGUAUUUUCAAGUAAAAAGGUUCAUGUAUAAAAAAACGCCCCCGUAAUGAUUAGAAGAAAACAAAUUACGAAAUUCUUGUGCCACUAAACAAUUGUGCUCUAGAUUUAGAAAAAGAGAAAAAAAUUAAAACAGUAUUAUUUUCCGUCCGGCUGUAAUAAAUUUUCUAAGGUACUUAAAAGAAAAUGCCAAAAAACGAUUUUUCGAAACUGGUUACUCUAUAUAGAUAUUAAGAUCAGCUCAAUUCCACAGAUAGUUCUAGUUCGUUAAUAAUUAUUGUAAAAAAAAAAAAUUAAAAACUAAAUUACAUCUUUUCAAAUCCUUCCCUUUCUCCUAUCUACAUUUUUCAAAAUCUUAUAUUUUUUAAAUAAAAAAACUUUACAAAUAUUCCCAUAGCAGUAGAUUAUCAAAAAAUAUUUUUUAAUGUAAUAAAUUAAAAAGAAUUUUUAUUUAAAUUUUAAUAAUCUAAAAUAAAAAAAUUUCAUAUUUUCUCUAGUGAAAAAGUUUAAUCAAAAGAAAAAGAACUAUCUGUGAAUCUUACGAAAAAAUAUUAUAGACUUGCCAAUACAUAAUUUUCUUGAAUCUUUUUUUUUGAUAGCCUAUAUUUACCUAGGAGACUCAUUAUAAUAAAAAAAUUCAUUCAAAAAAUUCCAUUAUAAGAAAAACAAUAGAAUAAAAUUAUUAAAAAAAAUUUAUUAUAAAUCGUAUCAAUAUUUAUUUUUCAUCAUAUUCUUUUAACUAGAUAUAAAAAAAAAGUUAAAAUUUUUUUUUCAAUCUACACCUCGUAUAAGUUUUUAAUUGUUUUCUUUUAUACUACUUCACAAACUUUUAAUUUUAUAACUUUUUUAUGUUAAGAGCUGUUAAUUAAAUUUUAAAAUUUCAAAAACUAAAAUUUUUUUCCACCGGUCAAAUUAUAAAUGAAGUAAAAUUUAAAUAACAUAUUUUUUAAGAAUAGACUUUUUUUUAUUGAAAAAAUGAAUAAAUUUUUUUUAACUAUAAUAUUUUUUCGUAAAGAUAACUUAGAACGAGAUAUUUAAUCGCUUCAUUUAUUAUGCAAUAAAAAGUUAGAAAAAAAAAAUUAAAUCUGAUGAAAGUAUAAAGAAGCGAACUGGUCGAUAUAAGUGAUGCGUAAGUUGCGUUCACAAUAGCUCAAAAAUAAUCGAUUAUAUAAUUUAAAUGAAAAGCUAUUUAGCUUUUUGAAGUAUACAAUUACGAAAAUAACACAAAAAGUAUGGGAUUUACUAUUAUAAAUAUUGUAAAUACCUAAACCUUAUAUUUAAAUUAAAAUAUCAAGUAUAUUUGUUGUAUUUGUAUUUUAAAGCUCAUACGUGUAUUUUCGACUAAAACGUUAUUAAUGGCACAUUACUGCUGUCAAUUUAAGCUUAUGCGACUCUGGUAUAACGAUAGUUGGAAAACUUUUUUGGGUCUGAAAACAAAAAAAAAAAUAUGGCUUACAAAAGAAAUUCAAACUUGGUAGAUUAUUUUUUAGAUAGAGAAAAAACAAAUCUCACACUGCACACGCAGAUCGAUAUUUUUCACUGCACUUAGAUUCAUCAAAAAAAAAAAAAAAAAAAAAAAAAAUGAAAAGUUUUCAACCCAAAGAGUACAAUUUUACUUAAAUAUAACAAAUAUAUAUUGUAUAUUCGAUAAACAAUAUGCAACUUAUGCCGUCUCAAAAAAAAGUGCUCUUGUAACUAAAGUAAUAGUGCAAGUUUUUAUGUAAAAAUUAAACAAACAAAAAAAACGAUGCAUUAGUUGCAGAAAUUUAUAUAAUGCACUUGCUCGAAAUCAGCGCGUCCACUUGUAUAUUAAUACGCUAAAGCGAAAUUUUACAGUAUAUUUAGUGAUAUUAAUAUAAUUAUUUACAAAACAAUUCGUGUGUCAGAAUUGUAACAACAUAAAAGCGUGAAAUUCAUGGUUGACGUAUAAAUAAAUGUUGAAGUACAAAAAAAAACUGACUUAUUUCAAUUUUCCAUUUCUAUGGGGUAUUUCUCAGGAAAUAUUCUUUUUGCCUGUCCUCAAGAUAUUUGAAAUUUUUUUACAUUUAUUAAAUUAUCUCCAUGAGAAAGCAAAGUGUUCAUGAAUUCGAACACAAAAAAUUCAUACAUCAACAGUUUUUUUAUAUUUAUUUUUUAAAUUCCAACUCACAAAACAAAAUAUUUCAGAAAAAUGAACAACAGUAAAAGAGAUUUCUUUUUGCUCAAUAUAUUUCUCAAAAAACACACAAUAUAUGAAAUAUAAUUGUUUCUUCUUCCGAUAAAACAAAUGCAUGGUAUACAGAUGUUAUUUAAACACUAAAACGCAAAUAAAUAAAAUUAUUUUCAUUUAAAAAUGAUCAAUUCGCAAGAUUAGAAUUUUUAUUCAUUCAAAAUAAAACAUCUUCUACAUAUAUAUAUUUUUUUUUAUUUUUAAAUGAAAGUAAAAUUUUUAAAAAAAGAAUUAUAUAGUAAUUUUAAAUUUGGAUUCUUAAGAAAAAAUUCUAUUCUCGAGAAUUAAAAUUCGUUUAUAUUGUAUAUAAUAAUAAGACACAUAUGAAACAAUACAAUAUAUAUAUAGAAUGACUAUAAAUAAAAUUUUUUUUUUAAAGGAAGAAUAUUAUGCUGUAUAAUUUGCCACAUUUUAAAAUUGCACAAAUUAUAAUUUAAUUGAUAAUUAUCUUUUAUUUUUUU